AUGACCGCGCUGGACGAAUGCCACGCCCGCGGAUUCCUCCACAAAGCAAUGGGCAAUUGCAAUGACAUCAAGCGCGAGGUGAACAAGUGUCUUUCUGCAGAGCGGGCUGAUCGGGCAAAGCGGAAUCGAGACGAGGCCAGGAGCAACCGGCGGCGCAUUGAAGACGUCUGGGCGCGCGAGAGGACUGUUGAACAGGGCGGGUCUAAUCAGGUUGGUGCUGAGGGUUCUGCUGCCUCCAAGCAAUAA